AUGGCGGGAAGCGAUGACGGCAAGGGAUGGCAGCGCGCCGGCUCGGUCUCCUCUCCACAGGCUGACUACACGGGAGAGGAAUUCCGCCGGCCAGUGUCUAGACUGCGGGGACCGGGGACGCAGCGAGGUGCAGCCAGGAGCCAGGGUGGAGGCAGAGGCAGAGGCGGGCUCUGCUGCCACCUGGCGGGCGGUCACAGCCUGCGCUUGCAGCCUCAGCCCCCGACUCCGGCCCCCCUCACUAACCCGGACCCCGACUCAGGCCCCCCGGACCCUGACUCCGGCCCCCGGACCCCCGACUCCGGUCCCCGGACCCCCGACUCCGGCCCCCGGCCCCCGACUCCGGCCCCCGGACCCCGACUCCGGCCCCCGGACCCCGACUCCGGCCCCCGGACCCCCGACUCCGGCCCCCGGACCCCGACUCCGGCCCCCGGACCCCGACUCCGGCCCCCGGACCCCCGACUCCGGCCCCCGGCCCCCGACUCCGGCCCCCGGACCCCGACUCCGGCCCCCGGACCCCGACUCCGGCCCCCGGACCCCCGACUCCGGCCCCCGGACCCCGACUCCGGCCCCCCGACUCUGACCCCCGAACUCCGACUCCAGCCCCCCCGGACCCCCGACUGCAACUCGCUCUCCUCAGCCAGCUUCGACCCCACCAACCGCGCUCCUUCCCGAGAGAACCCCGCGCCCCAACUCCAGCCCCAGCCUCCGUCCGCCGGCGCCGAGCCCCAGGCCGGCGGCGGAGCCCCGACGGCGCGGGCGACCUUACCUGCGCUCGGCCGCGGCCGCCUCAGUCCCGCCGCGCAGCCGAACCCGCCGCCCCGGCCCGCCGGCGCUCUCCCCUCCGCAGGGCGGGGCCUGCUGCCGGGGGCGGAACCCAAGGGUCCCGCAAUGACCAAUCACAAGCCACGACUGCAGAGGCCGGAGCCGGGGGCGGGGCGCGGAGCCGGCAGCGGGGUAGGCUGCGCGGAGGAGAGAGGGGCGGGGCUUCGGGCCCGGCCAGAGUCGAGGGCGGAGCUGUGA